CAGGGGAUGAACAAUCAGUACACCCGCCGGGAGGUCUUCUGCCGGAACACCUGCCACGAGCUCAAGCGCUUCUGGGAAAGGGAGAUUGGCAAACAGACAUACUACAGAGAAUCCGAGGAAUAUCGUCUGGGAAGAAGCGCACUGAGAAAGCUGAGAGAAGAAUGGAGGCAGAGGCUGGAAACAAAGCUGAGGCUGCGGAACAAUCCAGAUGAGACCGAAAAACGGGCGAAUGUUGGCUGA